GACAGGGACUUGGACUGUCAGCUGGAGGAAGUGAGAGAAGCAGGGCAAAGCUUGCCUGAGACCCAGGUCACUGAUUGGCUGAUCCAGUUGCUGCUUGGACUCCACUACAUGCAUAACAGGCGCGUCCUCCACAGAGAUCUGAAGGCCAAAAACAUCUUCCUGAAAAGGAACAUAGUUAAAAUCGGUGAUUUUGGGGUGUCCUGUCUGCUGAUGGGGUCAUGUGACCUGGCCACCACCUUCACGGGCACGCCUUACUACAUGAGCCCUGAAGUACUGAACCACCAGGGUUACGACUCCAAGUCUGAUGUCUGGGCCCUAGGCUGUAUCCUGUAUGAGAUGUGUUGCCUGUCACACGCCUUUGAAGCACACAACUUCUUGUCAGUUGUGAUGAAGAUAGUGGAGGGGGAAACCCCCAGACUGACAGCCAGCUACUCUCUGGAGCUCAACACACUCAUGCAAAGGAUGCUGGAGAAAACCCCGUCGUCCAGGCUCUCUGCUGCAGAAGCUCUGAAGACAAAAUUCAUUGAGGACAGUAUGCAGAUCUUAAAACACAAGUUCUGCAGUCUGACACUGAGAGACAAGCCAUCGGCGGGAGAAAGAGACGCAGCACAGAUAUCGAAAGCGAUGCAGAGGAAGGUGCACCUGCAGACACUGAGGGAGAAGUCAGAGCUAGACAGAAUGACCCCCAGGGAGAGAAUGAGGCUGAGGAAGCUGCAGGCUGCCGACGACAAGGCCAAGAGGCUUAGGAGACUUGCUGAGGAGAAAUACCAGGAAAACCACAUCCGAAUGCAGGAGCUGAGGAGCCGCCAUUUUGAGAAAGUCAGUUUGGACGUAUUGAAUGAGAGUGCAGGAGAUGCUGUCCACCAGACUGCACCAAUCACAGCCGAGGACUACCAGUCGCUGGGGUGCUCACAACCAAUGGGAAGGCAGCAGCAGGACAGGAUGCGCAUGUCUGAGCCAAUGGGGCGUGAAAUCCCAGAGGACCCUCAGACUGCAGAGGUGUAUUAUUAUCAGGAUGGAUUUGAGUCCUGCUCUGAUGAAGAGGAGGAGGAAGGAGAGGAAGGUGACACCCUGACCUCAGAAACGCUUUGUCACUCCUAUGGACAGGACAGCGACCUGGAGGCCAUGAUGAGACACAUGGAGCAGGUUCUGGAAGGAGAGCUCAGCGUGGCUGAAGCAGUGCCAGAAGAGGGCCAGUGUGUCCCCAUGGGGCCUCCAGUCAUCAAUAGCACCAUGGCUGAGACCAGGAUUCAGCGCAUGACAGAGUCAGUGUCCCGUCGGCUGGGUCUGACCGUCUUCCAGAGGGUGUAUGACUACCUGAAGGGAGCCAGGGAGAGGCAGGAGGGUGAGGGGAGCAUCAGACAGGCCCUCAGCAGCCUGGUGGAGAGGCCCAGCGAUGGCUUUGAAGUGGACCAACUACUGUACUACGAGGAGCAGCUCCAGGGAGCCAGAGAGGGAGCUGGGUGAAAGAUAUGUCUGACACUCACCAACCUGCAAUCAUGUUGCCUAUCCAAGCCUUUCAGAAAGAGCACAUCUUGUUGGUCUCCUGGACCAGGGUUGGUGAACUAGUAGGUCAACAGAGAUGACAGACAUUUACUUCAUAAUAGACCAGGGUUGGUGACCUAGUAGGUCAACAGAGAUGACAGACAUUUACUUCAUAAUAGACCAGGGUUGGUGACCUAGUAGGUCAACAGAGAUGACAGACAUUUACUUCAUGAUAGGCCAGGGUUGGUGACCUAGUAGGUCAACAGAGAUGACAGACAUUUACUUACAUUUUCAUUUACAUUUUAGUCAU